GUCUUUGCCCAGUCCUUUUGGUCGCGUACGCCAGCUCAUCAGUAGGAUUCAAGAUGGAGGAUCUGGAGUCGUAUAGUGACCAUUUGCUGUUCAACAAGAGGCAACUUGGACCCAUAGGCUCUACUGCGGUGACACCAUAUGUUGUGGCACUUGUGAUAGCAAAGUUUCUCCACGCCUUUGGAUUAUUUGUCGCAUAUGAACAACUGAAGGUCUUCCAUAUUGCACAGUUUCUAUUUAUUGUAAGAUUAUGUUCCUCAGUAGUUUUUGUAAUUCUACAAAAGCCAAUUUCAUCAGGAAAAAAGAUCACUUCAAAUCAGUGGUACAGAAUAGGGAAACACGCUGUGAUAUCUACUGUUAUAGCGCUGAUAUGGCUACAGGGUCUAACUUUAUGUGGGGCACUCAGAACAAUCUUAGUAUUUGAGCACAGCGAUCUAGUGGUACUUGGAGCACUUGGGGUACUGUUUCACACUGGUGUGUCAGGGCCUUCAAAGGUGCGGGGGUCAAUGCUCUUGUUUCUGGGCUUUAUUACUCUGUUACUAUUUGACAAUGAUAAACCACUUAUUCACAAACAUCCUGAAGGACAACAUGGAAACCCAUGGAUGCACUAUUACAACCAUGUGUUAUCUGUGCUUGGCCUCCCUGAUCACAAGGGUGGACUCAUCCUCCUAAUAAUGGCAUUGCUAUGUAAUGUUGCACAUGGAACAUUAUCAAGAAAACUAGCUGUUGAAAUAGGAGGUGCAAAGAGACUGACAGCUCUAUCCACUGCAAUAGGAACAAUAAUAGCCUUGCCUCUUGCAUUAAUAGCGUAUUUUACCCAGGAAAGCACCAUUGACUGGUUCAGUUCCCUAAUUCCUCUAUUCCUGGUCAUCUUCUUUGUCUUCAUCCUGGACUUCUACAUACAGAGCUUCUGCCUGGCCAAGCUAGAAGGACCUCUAACAGGCAAAGUCAGUUCCAUGGCUUCCUUCUUCUCGGCAGUUGUGAUUGCGUUGCUAUGGGACCAACCAUGGGCGUUUUCCAUGCAUGAGUGGCACCAUGGGGAAAAAUCCGGAGACAAGCAUUUGGUAUCUGGGGGAACAGCGUUUGCUGCUUUGUUCUUUAUUCUUGCAACGCGCCUACUGUCUCGUCCCAGCCCCAGGUCAGCCACACGAGGCAACCUUAUUGGCUACACAACUGGCGGUCUUCCAAUAUAUAAUUUCCAGACACCUCAGUCCAUUCUCUCCACUUUUCGGAGUUUUAUGAGACAGACGCUUGAAGAGUCUGAGUCAAGACAGAUUUUCUACUUUCUUUGCCUUAAUCUGAUGUUCACUGGUGUUGAACUACUCUAUGGCGUCUGGACUAACAGCUUGGGGCUGAUCUCUGACGGCUUCCACAUGCUAUUCGACUGCACAGCACUUGUUCUUGGGCUGUGCGCUUCAUUGAUGUCACGGUGGAAAGCUUCACGAACCUUCUCAUAUGGGUUUGGCCGUGUUGAGAUACUUUCUGGAUUCGUGAAUGGAAUCUUCCUUGUGGUGAUUGCGUUCUUCGUGUUUUUGGCGGCCGUGCAAAGAUUAUUUGACCCACCAAAAGUCAGCACUGAACGACUCUUGGCCGUGUCUGUGGGUGGUCUUCUUGUGAACCUCGUCGGUAUUUUGGCAUUCCGUCAUGCCCAUGCGCAUGCUCAUGGAGGAGGAGGCAGCUGUGGUGGUGGCGGCGGCUCACAUGGUCACGGACAUAGUCACACACAUGGUCACGGUCACUCACAUGACCAUCACCCCUCCACUCACCCGGAUAGAAGUGUAAAUAUGCAAGGCGUGUUCCUCCACGUGGUUGCAGACACCCUUGGCAGUGUAGGGGUCAUCGCAUCUUCUAUACUCAUCGACCAAUUUGGCCUUUUCAUCGCCGACCCAGUUUGCUCUCUUUUCAUCGCCUCGCUCAUCUUUUUAAGCGUAUUACCGCUGCUCAAGGAAUCUUCCCUCGUGCUGCUUCAACGUACUCCCCUGGACAUGGAGAAGUCUCUUACAGGCGCUCUCAAUAAGAUCUUAUCAUUUGACGGGGUGCUUUCGUUUCGAGAUCAUCACUUCUGGCAGCACUCAGAGUCUGUUGUGUGUGGCACAAUACACGUCCAAGUCGCACCUUCAGCCAGCGAGCAGAAGAUCAUUCAACAGGUAACAUCAUUAUUCAAAGAAUACGGAGUCAACAAUUUAUCUGUCCAAGUAGAGAAAGAGGCAUUUUUCCAUCAUGUGUCGGCAUUAUCGGCAGGCUACAAGUCAGUCUUGGCAUUAAAACAAGGACUAGAAAUCGGACAACCUCCGUCAGACCCGGACUAUGGAAUUAUCAAAUCUAUAUGAUUUCCAAAAUGGAAAUGAAAUUGUUGAGUUACUUUGGGAGUUUGAGUUACUAGGUCCCUUACACCAGUUUUCCAUUCGGACAAAGCCGAACUACACAGAGGUUACGGUACAAAAGGGAUAUUACCUCCCCUUUUGUACAUAUCAUUUUACUAGGAAAAUUUGGGCUUUAAUUACUGUAAAAUCUUUUUUUCUUUCAAAACAAUAUAAUAUAUUCAUGAUAAUAUUAGUAACAAUAUUAUAUUUAAUAUGAUUUUUAAAUAUAAUAUUAAAUUAAAUAUUAAUAUUAAAAUAUUACCAUGAAUUUAUAUGGAUUUUUUUUUCUCAUUUUCUAAUGAAACGUUUUUGUGCAACAGUCACGGACGGUCCCGGGCCAUCGCGAAUGUAUUGAAUUUUUACAGAAAAUACUUGUAAUUUUUUUUUUUGUUAUAAAGACGAUAAAAUAUACAAUUAUCAUUAGUAUUUUGGUCUAUUUAUACCUCAAUAAGUUUUAGUGUUGAGUAAAAAAAGAGUUCAUAUCGCUACAACGAACAAUGAUAAUUAAGACCCCCCGCAGGGGUUCGCCUUUUAUACCGGAACCUCGUGUUUAAGAUACAGGCUGCAACUUGGGCUAAACAUGAUUUGGUUUUUGUUCGUUAGUUAAAUCUGGGUGCUCUUUUGUGUAAACCCAGACCUGUAGCAGGCUUUGAGUUAUUGGGGGGCACAAUCCAAGAACAUCAAGAAAAUAUUUGGGACACAGCCACUCCCCUACUGGUCAUUUCCUUAUUUAUUUCUUUUGGGGACACGUGCCCCCAGUGCCCCUCUCUUGCUACGACCCCGAAAACGUAUCAUCAGCUAAUAAGCAUUCUUUGAGUCUUGAGAAAGGUAGAUGAUUCAUUUUCAUACCCGGGAUGUCACAUUCGAAAACCCAAUACAAAGUAUGAUUUUCCUGCUUGCAGUCGGUACUCGGUAAGGAAAGCCCUCUCGGUUCGGUGAUCGGGCGCCAUCUUGUAUUAUAAGCCGCGUGGUUCCUGGGAGCGAGCGCAAAAACGGACGCAGGGCAGGGGGGAGAGAAAGGAGAGGUUUUUUUCUCCAUUCUCUCUUCUCUCCCCCCUGCCCUGCGUCCGUUUUUGCGCUCGCCCCCAGGAACCACGGAGAGGGUUUUCCGCACCGAGUACCGCCUGCAAGCAGGCUAAGUAUGAUGGUCUACUUAAAUCUUCACAGGACACCUUCCCGUCGACGCAAUAAGUAUACAAUUUUACGUGUUAUUGCCAAAUAUUAGUCGUCAAAACUCCUUGAUAUGGGAUCGAAUAUCACCAAUUUCUCAACUGCUCACCAAUGACAACACAGCAUAAAGGGAAAAAAACAUGAGAUUAUUUAUUUUGUCUUAUUAUUACUUAGAGCAAACUUUCUUCGAUAUAUGCUUUGAUAUCCACAACCAGAUUUGUUUAUAUGGAUGAGAUAUCAAAAGUGUGGUAUUGACGCUAGAAGAUUGUAAAUAAUCAUUAUAACUGUAAAAUAUUAGAAUUAAAUUAAAGUAGUGUUCUCCGA